GGCGGCCGUUGGGUGGCCGUUGGGUAGGCGGAGCGCGGCGGCCGGCGGCGAGCGGGGCCGGCGGGACCCGGCAUCGGCUUCCGUGACCGGGGAGCGGCUCCGGACCCCGGUGGCGACGUGUGUGUGUGUGUGUGUGUGUGAGCGGUUCCGCGGGGGAAGGAGAUGGAGCUGCUGCCCAGCUCGGCUCCCCUGGCCACGAAGCUGCGGAACACCCUGGUCCAGUACCACGGCAUCGCAGACAGCGAGUGGCGGGUCGCCAAGAAAACGAAAGAUGCAACGGUGUGGCGUAAACCAUCAGAGGAAUUCAGUGGAUACCUCUACAAAGCUCAAGGAGUGGUGGAAGAUGUUACUAACAGAAUUGUGGAUCAUAUUCGCCCUGGACCUUAUAGGCUGGACUGGGACAGCUUAAUGACUACAAUGGACAUCAUGGAAACGUUUGAAGAGAACUGCUGUGUGAUGCGUUACACCACUGCUGGCCAGCUCUGGAAUAUCAUAGCACCAAGGGAGUUUGUUGAUUUCUCUUACACCACAAGCUAUGAAGAUGGUCUUCUAACAUGUGGUAUUAGCCUUGACUAUGGAGAGGUGAGACCUGAUUUUGUCCGUGGAUUCAAUCACCCUUGCGGCUGGUUCUGUGUUCCUCUUAAAGACUAUCCUAGCCACAGCCUUUUGACGGGUUACAUUCAGACUGAACUGCGAGGGAUGCUGCCACAGUCUGCAGUAGACACUGCCAUGGCUAGUACUCUAACCAAUUUCUACUCUGACCUCAAAAAGGCUCUGAAAACAUAGGCAAAAAGUGACUCGGAAGCCCACGCGUUUCUUGCAAUCAAAUUACGUUGUUUAGCUUAGCAUAGGUUAGCUACUGAGUUCAGAGGUAACAUUGUUCCUGAAUGGUUCCUGAACCUUUAUGUAGAGGGAUCCAAACAACUUUGAUGUGAUACUUAGCAUACAUUCCUAUUUCACAGCACAAGAUUUUGUUUCUUGCUCAGCACACUGCAGUUGUGUGAGGAGUAGUCUGAAUCUAAACACAAGAUGACUGUGGGCUUGAAAAAUGCAUUACAAACUCGGCUCUCACCAACAGUACUGAGAGUAGGGUACUCAGGAUUUUGUGAGUGCAGGUUGCUGUACAGGCAGCAUCUCAUUGGAGAUGUAGUUUUGUAAUAUAUAUAUAUUUUUAUAUUUACUUUAAAUUUUUGGUUUAUGUAGUUUGUACAGGUGCAUCUUUAAUUUCUGUUUUAGAAAUUUGCUUUGAUUUACUAUUGAGAUGGUCCAUAGCUAAAUUUUUAAACAGUACUGUUCAUAAGAAACUUAUUAGCUCAUGUUAGCAAAAUAUAUAUUCAUUAUUGGCAUUUCUUUGAUAUUGUAACUGUAGCUUGAUAACUGUUGUAACAGUCUCAGUGCAUAGAUAAAGAAAUGUCCUUACAGCUGAUCCAAAGCUCAUUUAAGUCAUCAGGUGUCUUUCCAUAGUUUAUAGUGGGCUUUUAAUCAUGCAAAUAAUUGUCAAAAUAGCAAACAUCCAAUGGAUCCUCUGUAAUACUCUGCACUCCUAAAUGAUUUUUUACUUGAAUUUGCAUGUAAUUGUGUUCUCUAGCUUAAUUUUUGUCUUCCUAACGUGAGAAACCUGGAGUUACUAGAAGUACAGACAGUACCACUAACUUGCUUCAGACACAGGCAUUGGUUUAACCGCAAGAGUACAGACUGCACUUUCUGUUGAUUUUUGCAGUAAGUGAAAUGAACAUCUUAAAACAUGAGGAACUGAAAGUCCAGGCACAAGCUGUAGAGUUGCUCAGAGCCACUGGAUGGUGGAGGGUCUCUGUGCUGCUAGGAAUCUGAAUUCUCUUUAAAACGUUACAUUGAGAAUUUAAUGUUGGUAUGCAUCAUUUGCUCAGGUGAGAUUGUAAUUAUCCCUGUGCUUUACCAGUGCAAGUCUGCACAUUAAUUUGGGAAAGUACCUUAGAGCCAUAGUAUUUUGGGACCAGCUGUAUACAUACAAUCCAAGGACACAAAGCAACAGCCUCAAGUUGUGCCAGGGGAGGUUUGGAUUGGACAUUAAAAAGAACAAAAUCAUGGAAAAGGUGGUUAGGGAUUGGAACACGCUGCCCAGGGAAGUGGUGGAGUCACACUCCCUGGUGUUAGGUGGAUGAUUGGGCUUAAUAAUCUUAAGGGUCUUAUACAACUUAAAUGAUUCUAUGAUAAUAGAGGAAGCCAUGCAUAGACUACAUGUACAGUCGCUAACCUCUGGAUAUUGAUGUCUCAUUUUUUUAAGAUUCUGGGCUGAUUGAGGGGUUUUGAUACAGAUGUAUAUAGAGCAAAAUACUCCAUUGCUCCAUAAAGAGCACAGAUUAAACCUGCACAGAGCCACUUCACUGUUAGAGAAGCAGGUCAACAGGAGCUCAAGACUCUUUUGAGAGGAUGUGUGCAGAGCACUGCAGAAAAGAUCACAAGGUCCUUGUAGUAAAUACCCAUUAUAAGGGCUCUAGCAUCGCGAGAGUAUCAAGCCUUAUUUGUGUUAAGUGAAAUGGCUUUUUACACUUUCAGUGAAGAUAGGCUGAUGAAGCACAGAGCAGCCAAAGAAGGCUUGCGUUUAAACAAGAAAAUCACUGGCAUUUAAAGUAUGAAAGUGGUUUUUAUAUACAUUUUCUCCAUGCAGGUUUCCUUUCUAUUGACGGAGUAGUUUUCAGUAACAGUCCUAGGGGUGGAAAGAUUUUGUGACUAAGGGCAAAUAUCUGAAAGCAAAGCAGGCCUUCUAUUUUGCAUUGUGGUACAUCAUAAUUUGUUCCUUUAGCACUGAUUAAGCUGGCUUCAUAUGUUUUAACACAAGUAGUCUAUUGCUUCUGCCAAUGAGUCUUAACAUUAAAGUUAAUAACAGAAUAGAGAUUACAGAGGCAGAGACGGGAGCUAGAUGUUUUUAUGUCAGCAUAAUACAAUUCUUCAGUUUUCACAUAAAGAAGUCAUGGAAAAUGCUAGCAUACCCUAAGGAUUUAUUUUGGGGAUCCUCAUGCUUGUCAAAAAAAUUCUAGUUUAGGAGCACAACAAUUGACCAAGUAUGCUGAUUACGCUGCUGAAGCAAUGCAUAGCUGGUAGCCCUACACUGAUUAUUCUAAACAGUUCAUCUAUAGAGUAAUACAGAACUGUAAGAAAGGUGUCCAGUUUCAUAUGGUGUUCUAUUUGUUUAAAAUCAAAACUUUCUUUCUUUUCAUAUAGCUAGGGAUUGAGAGGAGUGUUAGAUCAUGCGGCACAGCUGGUUUUUUUUUUUUUUUUUUUUUUUUUUUACCAGAGUACAUUCAGAACGAAGAAAGCCACAAAAUCAAGUACUGAGCAGAUCAGAACCUCUUUCCCCACCAUUGUGUUGCUUUCCCCCUAAGGUAAUGGACAGUCUAGAUGGAGCAAGGUGGUAUAAAUAGGAAGAGAACUGAGGGGACAAAAGUGCAGGAACAUGUUACUUGGCUUAUUAGGAGGUAGUUUGAGACAAAGUAAAUUAUGUUGUGUAGAUUGCUGUCAUCAUCACAACAGCAGAACUUGUGCAUGUUUGUGAGGUUAGCCAAUAUUCUUGUUGGGAAGGGUCACAGGCUACAUUCAUUACCUCAGUUUAGUGUUUCAGCUAAACUAGAGUGGGACAGUGUCAUCUGAAAGUAGCUUCUGAAUGACGUGCCCAAGAUACCGGGAGAAAUAGCAUGUAUAUAAAUGCAUCAAAUUAUUUUUGUAUGACUAGUAACUGGGGGGAAAAUAAAUACUCUUUUCAGGGGUUUAGGCAAUAUACCAGUUUAUUUAAAGUUUGGCACUUUAACUAGGUCCUGUGUGUGUGGAUGGGAAGGAUAGCUAAUGAUAAGAUGAUUUUCAUGUUUAGCUUUUGUUUGUCGUUGAAAACCUUCAUCAUUGAACCUUGUGCGUAAUUGUGCUGCUUGUUUUGUACUCUACCACAGCCUGCUAGGAGGUGGAACAGUACCUCAGACAGAUACUCUGGGAAAAGCACAAGCCUUGAUCUCACAUUUGAUUAAUUUAUAAUUCUUUUAAUAGACCAAAAUGUGAAGACAGUGUAUAAUUCCUUCAGUAAUCAUAAAUAACCAGAACUGUUUGAUGAUAUGAGCUGGUGAUUAAUAAACCUACAAGGUUCAUUGCUGGAAAAAGAGCCAUGGUUCUACUGAAACCAGUCAAGUUGUGCCUAUGUUCAGAAAGUCAAAAUCAAUCUGUGUUAACAGUGGUUUUAACUGACUGUGUUCAGUGCUUAAGAGAUUUGUGUUUAUAUUUUGAAUGCAAUUGCAGAAUAAAUUAAAAUAUGAACU